AUGGCGUCCGCCGCAGGUAAGAGCAGGAUCCUGGUGGUCGGCGGCACGGGGUACCUGGGCAGGCACGUCGUGGCGGCGAGCGCGAGGUUGGGCCACCCCACCUUGGCGCUCGUCAGGGACACCGCCCCCUCCGACCCGGCCAAGGCGGCGCUGCUCAAGAGCUUCCAGGACGCCGGCGUCACGCUCGUCAAGGGCGACCUGCACGACCAGGCUAGCCUGCUCAGCGCCAUCAAGGCUGCGGACGUGGUCAUCUCCACGGUCGGGGCGCCGCAGAUCGCUGACCAGACAAGGCUCAUCGACGCCAUCAAGGAGGCCAGCAACGUCGACACUGUAGUUUUUCCCCAAAAUUUCAGCCAGAAUUUCGCAAUUUCAAUGUUUUCGUUGGUGAUAAAGAAAACUCAGCCACUAGCUAGCUAG